AUGGCUAGCACGGCGGCUUCUAGAAGCGGCGCUAACAUUCAUCCCCGUCCCGGAAGGACUCUGCACCCGGCCCUGGCUCAACUGUAUCAGACAAGGACGGGCAAGCUAACAGUGGAAGUCAGAGUGUUUGGCCCACUGAAUAUUGCGCCCAAAUCUCAUCGUCAUCCCCUGGGCCUGGCGGUUUUAAUUAUGGAACCAAUCUCACCAUCUGUGGUAGCGCGUUCCAAACGUCCGUCGACCUUCCAGAAGUUUGAUGGCAGGGCGAAUCCAUGGAGCCGCACGGUUGUUGAACACGCUUAUCGGGAAGUUGUGUUACUUUAUGACUCGGCGCUUCUUGUACAACCCUCGCCCAAAGAUGCUGUACCUGGAUUGUCCCGGUCGCCAAAAUGGACGUUGCGACAUCAAGAACAAUGCUGCGUGCGUGCUUCCUGGCUGAGACAGUUUCAUCCCUUGGGCAAUGCUGUUCCCAAGCAGAGCGGCGAGCUCGCCUUGAUCCUGCAGCGAUUGAUUGGAAGCCGAGCCCUGUUCAGUAUUGCCUUUUGUUUGCCCGAGGCAUAUGACACCUCGGAUCGCAUCGCGGCUCAUCUUGAGAACAUGACAACGCCUCGCUAUGCUGUAUUGGAGACGUGUCUCAUUUGCGGGCCUGCAUGUCAACGUGUUUCACCUUCGCAAAUCAUGGCAGGGCCAUUUAAUGGCUCGGAGAGGCCGCAACGUCAAUGCUUCACUUCAUCAUACCCAUUUCCCUUAGCAAAGAUGGAAGCUCAGCUCAUCUCGUGGUUGGAAACAUCUACCUACUGGACAGCCCCAACAGCUCAGGGUCUUGUACGGACCGCGCUCGAAGAGGAAAAGAGUAUUCCUCGCCCCGGAUCUCCAACUCCAUUCGAAGUUGGGUUGCCAAGCCAAGCAUCCGUCAUUUCAUGA